ACCUUACUGGUCGCUCGUAACGAAGCGUUCGGGAAUGAGGACUGUAAUUUCUGUAACAAGGUUGAGAGGCUGCUGGCGGCCCUCGGUGCCUCAGCUCGCAUAAACACCGAAAAUCCUACAGUGGAACAGGCGCUCUGGGAAGCGAUGCUCGACUACAAUGAGCCCCGGAUUGAGCAGUAUACGACAAAUUUCCAAAAGAAUCUGCAUGCCUUCGCACGUAGCGGAUACCUGGACAGCAUUCCGCUUUACUGUCUCGCGCAAGGCUCUGGACAGCUGCCAGGGAGCUGGAACUGCCUUUUGUGACAGCAACGAAAUCGGUCCGUACUCCAAGGCAACCCAUAACGCUUACAUGCAGUUUGCUCAAGCUCACCUACGAGAACUUCUUGACGUCUUCUCCUUCGGUGACAGAGCAGUGCAGAGGUGUCUCCUCGCCGAGAGAGCCUACUUCAUCCGCCAUAUGUAUUCUGUACGAAUUUUCAUCAAUGCAUCUUGCAAUGAUUUGGGCUCGAGGCUGCUUUCCGACAUUGAUUUCCUGGGAAGACUUAGGUCUUGCUAUUAUACUCUCGUCGAGGCUGCGGAAACCAUCCCUGGAUUUGCUAAUCUUUCCAUAAUGCUCGUCGACAAGCCUGCGUCCCAUAACCUCCCGCCAGCCUUGCCCUCCUUGGACGACCUAUUCAAAUGGCUGGGGUUGCCUUUGAAUCCGGCCACAGUUCAGAAGUUUGUGGGAGAUAUGACAAUCGCGACGGUACGGCAAGACUUUUUGAAGCUCCAACGCAAGGCGUUUUUUCAGACUCUCGCUACCCAUGCCGAGAUCCAGCUCGUUUUCUACAUUGCCCAGAGAAUGCACCCGGAAACCGUGACCAAGGAAUUCCAUCCAUACAUCGGAUGCAGCAAACUAUGCUGCUUCCUAUGUUUUACGUUCCUUCGAUUCUUUGGGCAAUAUGGUCCCUUUUUCAAGGUUAGGGGAUGCCACGGGAGGGUUUAUCCGCUGUGGUCCUUGCCUGACGCUGAUGGGCUUCAUGUGGAUAUGUGCAUGGAGCUCUAUUUAGCGUUGCGGAAGACGCUCGGCCACAUGUCCCGUGAAAUGACUAGGGCUGUUGCAACAAGCCCCCAUCACAAGGUGGAGUCCUCUGCUGGUAUUACAGACGACUACUCCGUCCCAUCAUCAUACAUCCACGAUUACCAUGCGGAGCUUACUAUCCAGUCCAAAUUCCACGCUUUGCGCGCGGCGCUAGCUGCAAAGUCAUCAAGUGACAAGGCUCACGAGGUCGUCGCAAAUUCCGACUUAGAAGACGAUAGGGCUGAACUUACACGAUACACCUCCUUCCCGUUGAGGUCUGGUAAAUGCGCUCAUUGUGACAAGAAAACCUCAAGGAAAUGCUCCAAGUGCACUGGCCCGUGGCUUUGCAGCAAAAUGUGCGAGGGAAUAUAUGACUUCUAUGACCACAACUUCAAAUGCGCCAUUCGCCGACCUCUUGAUUCUGCGGACUACCUAGAAAGGGCUUGCUGGGAGAAUGAGAUUCCGGACGACAUAGACACCUUGGAAGAAUAUGGCUUCAUCAAAUUCCCAUCAGCGUUUGACCGAAGGAAUCUGCUUGGCGUAUUCAUUGGUCUAACGCAUAUGGGAAUUGGAAGCCGGGAGUUGCGAAAGUGGCAAGAAGACGGGAUGUUACUAGCCAAUAUUACAUCCACCUAUGAGGGCAAGCCCGAGUACGGUCGCGGAGAAUGCUACGAAUGGUUCCGGGAGAACAUCUACAUCCUCAACCGCACUGAUGCUCAAACCUAUAUUCGAGAUCAGUUCGCCAUAGUACGACCCUACCUUGACGUCGGUGACCAGUCCAAGGAUCCCCAUGAACUUGUACCCAACGCCAAGCGAAAGUCCUUCUUGCUAUAUGCGAUCCUAUUCAAUGGCUGGCAUCCGGACCCAAGUCAUUCGGAGAAAUCCAUUCAGGAUCUCUACUACACAUUUGGCUUUUGCCUUUGUUGCGACAUCGGCAGUGAACAGGUAUUAGCCAGACUCUACAUGAUGCUCAUCUGCAGGUGUUCUUUUCAAGAAUUCUGGUUAGCAUAUCAAAACCACAGUCUCGUAGCGUUGAUGGACGCCAAGGGGCUUGAAAAAGCCCGCCAGAACAUCCAACAUCUGGAAGGCUUUCUGAAGAUCAAGCCCAACGACUGGUGCCCGACCGUAUGGCACCUCCGGCUAUUCACUCAGUCCCGUGCUGCGCUUCCUGGACGCUACGUCGCAAGGGACUACGGAUUUUUCAACUGCGAAACGGUUGAAGAGCAGUUCGCACUGAAGGAGACCUAUAAACGUCUCCUUGAGAUUCCGAAGGUUGACCCGAUGGAAUUACAUGUCGCAUGCAUCCAAGGGGAGCUGUACGGCUUCGCGAGGACGCAUCUCCCAGACCUCCAGUGGAGGUUCGGAAAGAUAAUGAAGAAUUCAUACCCGACUCACGCCGAUGUCGAAGGAGCGGGAGAAUGGAGGUGGGCAUCUCCAGUACAUUGCCAGUCAGGAUGGUCAUGUGAAAAUAGCGUGUAAAUCAUUCUGCGCUGCGGGCGCAUACCAGAAGUAUUAUCUUCCCUUAGAAGAGUCGGGGAGAUUGACCAU